GGUCAGAAGGGACGGCCCCGGUCGCCAGGGGCAAAGGUUGGAGGUCAUCGGAGGAACUGGGGACCAGCGAGGGCUCCUCGACCCUCAUCGAUGACAGUCAGCUGAGGCUUCCCGUCCCCCCUCUCUCGCCCUCGCGCCGGGGCUCCCCGCCCCCACCUUACCCCAGCCCCCACCCCGGCGACACCAAGCCCACCCCUACCCCUCCCUCCCCCGAGUUCUGGCGCAUUCCGCCCCCACCCCUGGAGGCGCCGCCACCCCCGCCCGGGGUCACGCUGCGACCCGAGGAGGUCAGGGAGCCCCCUCCCCCGACCCCCCCGGCCCCUGCCACUCCCCCUCCCCCUGCCCCACCCCCUCCACCCAAGGGCCCCGCCCCACAGCCCCCCACCAGGUGGAGGCCCUCCGCCCGGGUGCCGGAGGAGGGCCGGAAGGUUCCGGAAGCCCCCUGGGCCGCGCGGGAGGAGCCCGUGGUGGGCAAGCCCCCGCGCUCAGCCCAGAAGGGCAAGGAGAAGGCCAAGAAGAGCCAGGAGGAGGCGCCGCAGCCGCCCGGAGCCAGGGAGGGGUUCAAGCGCCCCAAAGGGCCGGCCAAGAAGGCCCGGCCACAGAGCGGUCAGUGGGCAGAGGGCACCGACGCCCACCGGGUCUCGGACACGCCCAGCGUCAAGCAGAGGGCCCAGCAACUCCUCGCUCAGAAGGUCAAGGUGGGAGCAGGAUCUCGGAAACAGAGAGCACGGAUGCCAUCAGAGAUUCCAGUCCAGAGCAGGGAAAAGCCACACACUGUAACCCGGGAGCGGACUUUCUCAGAGGUAUCCCGCAAGGAUCCGAGUCUGGAGUUAGGGAAGGAACCGUUGCCCUGGUUACUGACCUCAGCAUCCAAGGAUAAGGCCAGUCUGAGUAAAAGGGCCGUGGUGAAACGCCGACCCCGGGGGAAACAAGGCAGGAAAUUAUCUACCAUGGAGACAGAUUUCUGGUCAGACCGCAGCACCCCCCAGAAGGUGGGAGCAGACCUGGAGAGUGAGCGUUCUCCCGACGGUGGGGCACAUGGGGCUGAACGGGAAGCUCACGCUGAGACAGAAGGUCAGAAAAUACGCACCAAGGCCACUCGUGGAAAAGGAGUUAAGGUUAAGGAUGACCUGAAAACACCAGAGAUGAGACGGAAGGUGAAAGGUACACACCAGAAGUCUGCCUUUGGGAGGAAGACGCAAGAUGCAUCUCCGGACCAUGAUGCCCACACAGAGGCUGACGUUCGUUCAAAAAACCAUCCGAGGAGUUCAUAACAAUUCGGCAACUCUGGGAUGGAGAUUUCUCCCAACCCGGCUGCAUCCAGAGAGAGAGAGAGAAACAGAGACAGAGACAGAGAGAGAGAGAGAGAGACAGAGACUGCGAUGGAGAAUUACAGAGAUUAAACCGUGCUUGGGUUUUAUAACAGACUGUUCAACAGUGUUCCCGUAAACACAAACACCAAUAAAGUUUCACUAAAA